AAAAAAACGAAAGAUUUUGUUAUUAUAUUCGUUUUACAAGAUAGCAAUGAUAAGGAAGAGAGGCAGUCAAAAAUUUGGUACCAUCAAGAUCGAUAUAGAGAGACUUCUGAAAAAGAGAUUCAAUUAGGAAUGGACAACAACGCGUCAUUCAAUAGAAUUUACACUACUCCAGAUCUUUCUUUAGUAAUUAAAGACAUCGCAGUAACAGACGCUGGUAUUUACUUAUGCCAUGGUGAGGAAGGACAGGAGAUAGAGAACAAAUUCAACUAUAGAAUCGAACCAAUUUUCAAAGAACAUGGAGUCUCGUAUAAAGAACAAGGGAACAUAACUGAUUGGGAGAAAUAUCGCGAAAUAUAUUUGGCAUCAGUUACCACACGAUUUGCCGUUUCACAAAUGUCUGAGUUGGCUCAAAUUCGAGAGGUUGGAAUACUGCUUCAAGUCAUUUCAGAAUGGGCACCGUGGGGUCCAUGCGAACGUUGUGUACGUAAUCGAGGAUAUAAGACGAGUGUUGGAAAUUGUCAAUUAAAACGACAAAUAAAUGCGACUAUUGCCAACAAGAGCGAUUCGUCCAUAGUUAAGUUUUUUCGAAGAUCUCCUUCAUUACCCUGCAAAGCCAUUCUACUCGAAGAAGAAUUUCCUGCUGUUAGUAGUGCGGUGCGUCAUUUGCCGAUAUUUAUUUUAAAGGAAACAUGCAAAAAAUGUCCCCGCGUGAAAAGAGUAAAAGGUCGAAGAUUCAAGUACAUUAAACGAUUCGUACUAGCAGAAGGGGCUUAUCUUACGAUCGUUUGUCCCGAAUCAACUAUGGACACGCAAGUAUCGUGGAAGAAGGAUUCGAUUACAUUGGAAAGGGGUGUCCGACGAUCCUUUCGCAAAUUGGAUCCAGAAGCUCGCGUGAUAGUAGACGCCUUUGGAACGCUUUAUCUGAUAGGUACUUCAAGUGGAGAUAAAUUACACAUCGUACUUUAUGGUGUUUCACAUUUUUUUAUCUACAUACUAUCAGAUGUUUCCACUCACGAAGAAGGUAACUACACGUGCUACAUCGAUAACGUUAACAUGAUGCAAGUAAAAGUCAUUGUUAUACCUAAGGCAAGAUUAGUAACCCAAGAAUUUCUACGUCAUCUGGGAUAUCUAGGCUUCAUAUUUCUAUUUUGCUCGUUUUGUUACUGUAGUGGUCUUGUUUAUACAUGUAGACAAAGAGAUAAAUUCGACACAGUUGUUCCGAAGAAAGAUACAAUUGAAAAAGAAGAAGAAGCAGGAGAAGAAGAAGAAACACCAUUUGUAUAUUAAGGUUCAUGAUUCACGGAGUGA